CGCCUAGCCAGACAGCAAGCAAGCAAUAAUUUUGUAAUAACAAGUAUUUCUUCAUUCUGCUCUUUGUGAUGCCAGGUUAAACAAGAUAAACAAAUUCUAAAUACUGGAUAAGGAAACUGGGACAGGCGGUUCUCAGCUCAAUCACGCACUGGCCCUUAUCAAUCAGCUAAUCAACUAAUUUUCAUAGAUAACUAAUUUAUUCUUGACUGAAUAAUUUAACUCGUAAAAUGUGGAAACAAGCCACGUCAAAGCUCAAGAAGUUAUUUCACUUGGAUGAAGGACAGAACAGUCCGAGAAAAGCAGGCCUGGCCAACUGUUCGAAAAUGCCGAUGGCACAAUCCCCGGUGACAAGGCCGCCCAACCUGUCGACAUUCCCGUUGUCGUCGCCAUUUGGACGCACCCUGACUGAAGACAACAGUGAUGGAGUAGUUUUACUAACUGCAUAUGAUGACGAUCAAGUUGGUCGAGUUUUCUUGCUGGCGUACCAAUCGGAGGAAUUCAUUGACUUUUUAGAUGCACUAACGGACAAUGGCAAUCUCAACUGUGUUAAAGUCAUCCCCCCGGUCGGGACAGUGGUCGUGGCGCGGAUUGGCAUUGAUGGAGAUGAGCGCGAUGAUGUACCAUUCCUUCGGAAAAUUGGAGGAAUUCAUAACAAACCGUGGCGAGGGAUUAUUACACAAAAAGAAGGAGGCAGCCUUGAUAAAGACUCAAACAAGGCCUGGAUCACUAUUACUGACUUGGGAAUAUCACAGUAUGUGGACAUGUCGGACAUUUUUCUGCCUUCAGAAGAAAUAUCAAGCAUUCCGUUGGACAAGUUCGGUUGCUGGGUUCAUAUUAACAACGUUGAUAUUACAAAUGAGAAUCGCAUGUUUUACCGAUCCACUUAUAGAAACUUGAUGGAUUCACUGCUGUAUUCUGAACUACACGUUGUUAAAGUGAAUGAAGAUAGCACUGGGAUAAUGAAGCUUGAUCUUAAAUGUGCAAACGAAGCAAAUCCAGCCACCUUGAUUGUACAACUUCAGCAUUGGGAAUAUGAGAGGGUGGAGAAAAAAGUCACCAUCAAAAAUUCAAAGAGUAUUGUCGAGGCCAUCCACGGUCGUGGAACUAGAGUCAAAUUUUUUGAUAUUAUGCAACCACUUUGUCUUUCCAUUGGAAAAAUUUACAAAGGCACUGUCACUACCUCCGAAAAGUCCAGCAAAAUUUUCUUGUUUCGCGUCCUGGAAGACGAGGAGAUAUCUGACAACAUCAGAAUUUGGAAUCUACAUGUCUUCAAAUAUUGCGAUCUAAUAUCUCAUUGCUCCUCGUGGUAUCCUGUUGUGGAUGAAGUAUUUCUCAUGCAGAGAGGAACUAAAUCGCAAACAAAUAGCAACAAUGAGGAUAAAAAUUGUCGUUGGAGGCGCGUAAUGAGAAACUUAACCCACAUUUGGGAUUUGGAUGAUGCCAAAUUUUUUGUGACAUUGGAUGAGGUGUCUUCAUCUUGCAUAAUGCGACCUGCGCCAAAGGAUUUGCUUAAUUUACCAAUGGGACAUGCGAGGAUCCUAAUUCCAGGAUAUAAAUUUAAAUCCGAUGCCAUCAAUGAAAAUUUCGUACGCAAAUCAUUCCCUCUGCGUGUUGUAAGCUACGACUUGGAUAAUCUGGCUCACAUCGUUGAAGUUGAUGACAAUGUUCUAGAAUGGGCAAAAAAGACGUGGCUGGAGGCUGCUUAAUAAAAUUCCGAUGCCUUACCGAUGGGUAAUAGAUAAUAGAUGAACUACAUACAUUUUUAUAAUUUUUUAUGGAUUACUUUGAUCCUAUUAGUUUAAGUCUAAAUUCUCGGUGGUAUUUAAUUUCCAAAAUGUUGCUUACUUACUUGUUUCAUGACUAUUUGAUUAGUAAAUUAAUUGUUAUUUUUUGCAUUCAUAAAAAUAACUAUGAUGUAAAAUAAAAAAUAAAAUUAAGAACUAAAU